AUGUCGAUGUCCAGAAGACGCGCGGCGACGCCACGCGCGGGCGCCCACGACGCGGCUGACGCGCGCGCGUCGCCGCGAAAUCCCUCGUCGAAAAAAACGCCCGUCCUGGCGUACGUGAACGAGAGCACGAAAUUCGUCGUCUCGUGCGCGGCGCUGGGGGUCUUGCUGCGCGACCCGAGCGCGGGGACGUGCUGGGCGCUGCUCGGAAGCGUCGUGAACAGCGUCAAUGGGAAGAUUUUGAAACGCGUCUUGAAUCACGAGCGACCGGAUGGGGCGAUCAAGGCUGAUCCCGGGAUGCCGAGCUCGCACGCGACGUCGUUGUCGUAUUUGAGCGUGUACGCGGCGACGGCGUUGGCGUACUUUCGAGACGCGGCGCCGGCGCUCGGAUACGCGGGACAGCUCGUGGCGAGCUUUGUUUUAGUGAUAAUGGGGAUGUUUUUGAGUUAUUUGCGCGUGAGUACGGGGUAUCACACGCCACCGCAAGUCAUCGUGGGUUACGCCGUGGGGUCAACCACCGCGCUCACGUGGUUCUUCGUCGGCUUGAGGUACGUUGAGCCGUUUCUCAAGGCUGAGCCGAGUAUGCUGAGCGUGCUACAUUCGGCGCUGAUCAUCGCCAUCGGUUGGUUCGCGUUUUCCGCGCUCGAUUGGGUGGAGACGAUCGUGAAAAACAUCAAGAAGAAAUUUGCGUGA